AUGCCCGUCGUAGUGGCUGCGGCAGGAGGACGCCGGCAUCUCGUGGACCACAUCCCGGCGACCCCGCCAUCAGCCGGCUCGCACGAUUCCGGCGGCGGCGUCUCAUCGUCGGAUGACGCUACAGAGAACGUGAUGUUGAUGGUCUUCUCCUUCCUCGUCACCCUCUGCGCUUGCUGCUUUAUCCGCCACAAAUUCUGCCGCGGCGAGGAGCACGAGCAGGGGACCGGCAGGGAUAAUGGCCGUGGACGGCCGAGCAACCAAAGCGAAGCACCGCGGCGGCAGCGGCAGCGGCCCGAGGAGCGGGAGCAGAGGACCGGCAGGGAUAAUGGCCGUGGACAGCGGAGCAACCGCGGCGAAGCACCGCGGCGGCAGCAGCGGCGGGCCCCCGUGGCGGCGGCGCCGGCGGCAGUACUGGACGUGGAGCUGACGCAGGAGCCCGUGCUGGAGUGCACGUUCCGGAUGGCCGACGGGUGGGAGGAGACGAUGUGCUCCGUGUGCCAGUCGGAGAUGGCUGACGGCGAAAAAGUGAGGGUGCUGACGGCGUGCACGCACAGCUUCCACACCACCUGCGUCGAGCAGUGGCUGCGCGACCACGCCACCUGCCCGCUCUGCCGUGCCCCCACCAGUGCUGCACCGGCCAAAGAUCGCCGGCACCGUCGUCCGACGACAUGA